AUGGGGGAUGCAACCGAUGGUGAGGUGGAUAAUUGGGGCAAAGGAGAUGGAGGAAUGGAUGGUGGAGUGUUGGCCUCUCGUAGAGGUCGAAAUGAUGUAACACCCGAUGGCAGGGAAGAAGGAGAUGGAAUUGAGGCUGUUCAAAAUUCUACCGAAUUAUUUUUAUCUCAAACCCUCUAUAUUAGAGAUCUUCUUUCAAAAGCAGGCAUGGUUGAUUGUAAACCUGUUCAGACCCCAAUGGCCAUGACACAGGGUUUUAAUUCAGGGGGUGCUCCUUAUCCAAACCCUACACAGUAUCACUCCAUUGUUGGAGCUCUUCGGUAUGUUACAUUGACAUGUUCUGACAUUUUCUUUACAGUGAAUAAAUACCUUCAAGCUACAGCUGAUCAUGAAUUACAAAUUCAGAGAUCAACCUCACACUCUCUUCAAGCCUUCUCCGAUGCAGAUUGGGCAGGUAGUGGAACUGAUAGGCGUUCCAUUGGGGGCUAUGCAAUUUUUCUUGGCCCCAACCUUAUUUCGUGGGCAUCUCGUAAAUAG